AUGCCUAACUAUGCCAAAUUCCUCAAAGACAUUUUGAGUGGGAAGAGGACUUGUGAUGUUGUUGAGACUAUUAUUUUUACUGAAAAUUGUAGUGCGAUCAUCAUGAACAAAAUGCCACCCAAGUUGAAAGACCCCGGAAACUUCUCCGUCCCUUGUGUUAUUAACAAGAUGCAAAUUAAUAAUGCCCUAUGUGACUUAGGAGCUAGUGUAAGCCUAAUUCCAUAUUUGUUUUAUCAAAGACUUGAUCUAAGGGAACUAUUACCUUCUAACAUAACCUUGCAACUAGCCGAUAGGUCAAACAAGUUUCCAAAAGGUAAAGUCGAAGAUGUUCCAUUGAGGGUUGGGAAGUUUGCGUUCCCGGUGGAUUUUGUUGUUCUAGAAAUGGAUGAAGAUGCUACCAUUCCUAUCAUUCUAGGUAGACCCUUUCUUGCUACCUUGGGUGCUAUGAUAGAUGUCAAGUGUGCAAAGAUUUCCCUUAAGGUAGGCGAUGAGGUCAUAGAAUUCGAUUUAAAUGAAAGCAUGAAAUAUUCAAGUUCUUCUCUUGAAAAUUACAUGAUAAUUGACUCUCUUGAUCAUGUUGUGUCUUCCAUGCAUGAGAAAUUGAUCACCUCUAACGAUGCUCUUGAGAAUGUUUUGUUGAACAAAGAUAAGCUAGGUGCACCAUGCAAGAAGAUGGCAUUGUAUGAUGAAUUUCUUAAUGGAAACACGGAGGAAGUGGGUAAACAAUUGUGCUUGAAGAUCUCAAGUCAUGAAGCUUUGCAAGCGGCCGCAACAAAAGAAGGUAAAGGUGUGCCUAUGGUAGAGCUCAAACCUCUACCAUCACACCUUAUGUAUGAAUUCUUAGGCCGAAAUUCCACUAACCCCGUAAUUGUUAGUGCAUCCUUGAGCGAGAGCCAAGCUCAAGCGUUAUGUUGUGUCUUGAGAAAGAAACAAGGUGCUUUGGGCUAUACUAUUGAUGAUCUUAAGGGUAUAAGCCCUGCUUUGUGUACACACCACAUAACGCUUGAGGAAGGCACCCUUCCUUCUAUUGAACGAUAA